AUGCUGAAAUUUAUCAGCUCUAUCCUUUGGAAGCAGGCUUCAUUACAGAUAGCAAAUGCUCGCCAGCAUACAGUGUGGCUGUUUGAUAAUACUGCCUAUCAGCGUGUCACUCCCAAAGCCCUUGCGCAAGGACGUCCGGCAUGGCGUGCUGAGGUUGUCGCCUGCGUGUUUGAAAAGGACAGUCGGAGAGAUAUCAGCAAGUUUGUCGCAACGAUAGCGGAUCUUCUUGGUCUCGAUGGAGAGAUAGGUACUGAGCCAGAGACCCGUCACCAAAUAGCCCGUCGACUACGGCCAUUCUUGUACCAGACAGCACCUGCGCAUACGGUGGUCAUCGAGAUCCCGUUGUCAGACGCCUCCAUACAGCUCCGUCAAAUUGGUCCCACGGACAGCAACGGUAUUUGCAGCCAGACUGUGAAUAUGGGUUCGCGCCAUCUUGCAGACGGUACCAGGGUACGGUCGUACCUUCGGGGUUGGGAGGGCGAGGUGUCCAUGGCCACGCUCUUCGCCGGUCCAGAAGGUUGGCUUCUGAUAUCCGACAUAGACGACACUAUCAAAUAUACAAUGACUUCAGAACCUACUGGCAUCUUACGGACUACUUUUGUCGAGCCUGCGCGUCCCAUUCAAGGAAUACCUCAAUUCUACUUCCAUAUACAAAGACAACUAGUACCAACCUGGUUCUAUCUAUCAGCGUCACCAUACAAUCUGUAUCCUUUUCUCCACGAGUUCAUCUACACCUGGUUCACUCCAGGCACGCUCAUGCUUCGGGAGUCUUCCUGGAUGGAUGUCGGUUCGUUGAUUCGAUCCUUUACUACAUACACCAUGGAGUAUAAAGUGAACAACAUGGAGAAGUUGUAUCGAUCUUUUCCCCAGAGACGAGUGCUCUGCAUUGGUGACUCUACGCAGACGGAUCCGGAGGCCUAUGCAGAGAUCUACAGGCGGCACCCGACCUGGGUGAAGGCGAUUCUGAUCCGUAAGGUCACAGAUGUCCCACACUUGGAAGUGAAGAAUUCUCCAGAGCGAUUCAAGACUGCUUUCAGAGGUGUCCCGGAAAGUGUAUGGACAGUAUUCGAAGAGCCUGAAGAAGUAUAUCAUGUCGUGGACCGACUUUCUCAGUCGAUACUAUAG